CGCGGCGACGAAGAGCGAGGACCGUGAGUUUACCUUGCCCUGGUUCAUGGUUGCUGCAAGCCCUCUGGGAAGCCGAACGCCGAAGCUCCUCCCCGCGCCGCGAAAAGCCUCCUGCGUUCUCUGGUCCUCGAGCCCAGCCCGCGCCCCCCAGGCUCCGGCCGCCGCAGCCCAGUGCUCCCCGCCCGCGGCGGUGGAUGGCAUGAUGGUGCGGGGAAGGCACCGUGGCCUUGGCCAGCUGAAUCGCGACGGCCGCCGGGGCGGCGGCAGUGGCCGCGGCAGCGGUGGUGGUAGCGGGCUCCCCAGCGGCAUGCCAGUGCCCCCCGGGCGCGAUGGCUAGUGGCAGCGCGGGGAAGCCCACAGGCGAGGCGGCUUCUCCGGCUCCUCCGAGCGCUGUCGGCGGGGCCAGCUCGCAGCCGCGGAAGAGGCUGGUGUCUGUCUGCGACCACUGCAAGGGCAAGAUGCAGCUGGUGGCUGACCUGCUGCUGCUGUCGAGCGAGGCGCGGCCCGUGCUCUUUGAGGGCCCUGCCUCCUCUAGUGCGGGCGUCGAGUCCUUCGAGCAGUGCCGGGAUACUAUCAUCGCGCGCACCAAGGGGCUUUCCAUCCUCACCCACGACGUGCAGAGCCAGCUCAAUAUGGGCCGCUUCGGGGAGGCAGGAGACAGGCUGGUGGAACUGGGGGACCUGGUAGUGUCGCUGACCGAGUGCUCGGCCCACGCGGCCUAUCUGGCGGCCGUGGCCACACCGGGCGCGCAGCCCGCACAGCCAGGCCUGGUGGACCGCUACCGCGUGACACGCUGCCGGCACGAGGUGGAGCAGGGCUGCGCAGUGCUGCGUGCCACGCCGCUGGCCGAUAUGACGCCGCAGCUGUUGCUGGAGGUGUCCCAGGGCCUGUCGCGCAACCUCAAGUUUCUGACGGACGCGUGCGCCCUGGCCAGUGACAAGUCGCGGGACCGCUUUUCGCGAGAGCAGUUCAAGCUGAGCGUCAAGUGCAUGAGCACGAGUGCAUCAGCUCUACUGGCUUGCGUGCGCGAGGUGAAGGUGGCGCCCAGUGAGCUGGCGCGCAGCCGCUGCGCGCUCUUCAGCGGGCCUCUGGUGCAGGCAGUGAGCGCCCUGGUGGGCUUCGCCACCGAGCCGCAGUUCCUGGGUCGCGCGGCGGCCGUGAGCGCUGAGGGCAAGGCGGUGCAGACCGCCAUCCUCGGCGGCGCCAUGAGCGUGGUGUCGGCCUGCGUGCUUCUGACCCAGUGCCUCAGGGAUCUGGCACAGCACCCCGACGGGGGCGCCAAGAUGUCGGACCACAGGGAGAGGCUGAGGAACUCGGCCUGCGCCGUGUCUGAAGGCUGCACCCUGCUAUCUCAGGCUUUAAGGGAGAGGUCUUCGCCCAGGACUUUACCGCCAGUGAUUUCCAAUUCUGUGAAUUAGCAACCCCCAUACCCCUUCUUCACCCCAGACUAAAGGAGGUUACUUAUUCUCUGCCCCUCUCCAUUUAUACCAAAGAAAUCAUAGGUGAAGCCCACACCCUCUGCCCUAAUGUUGUAAAUGCUCGGGAGGAAUCUUCCAAAAGGCCGGGCCCUGCGCCCCACUCCAAGGGCCCAGGUGUGCCCCAGCCCAACACAGUAGAGGCUGGGAGAUGGAAGGUGUGUAAUAUGCCGGUUGUGGUAUUGUUCCCAUCCCUACCCCAGCCCAUCUUCUGGAAUUUCUCAACUAAAUUUUAUUAAUUGGGCAAGAAGGAAGGUCAUGGGUUCAUUUCUUUUUUGGUUUUAUCUUUUUUUAUUUGAUUAAAAGAAAGGUUACCUCAGUUUUCACUCCUUAGACAUGGAUGUAGCUACCUGUUUUGUAUGUCUUUUUUUUUUUUUUAAAGCAAUUGUGUUGAAUUAGGAGUAUACUUGGUGUGGAAAGAGUCUGAAUUUGCCAUGUGAUUUGCAAAUGGGGGGAAAGCUACUGUGAGCGUGUGUUUUAUUUUUGAAUUUAUACUGUAGAGUGAUUUUUUUUUUUCCCCAAACGUCAAGUUUUUACCUUGCAUGUACUGGAGUAUUUAUUUCAUCUAUUAAAAUGUUAUGUUUCUCA